AUGGCUAUCGCAGAGUAUAUAGCAUCUCUUUCACAAAACCCGUAUUUCGGAGCAGGUUUUGGAUUAUUUGGGAUCGGUGCCGGUGCAGCAAUAUUACGACGAGGAGUACAGACGUCUAUGAUACUAUUUCGGAGACAUUGCAUGAUCACGCUUGAAGUUCCGUGCAGAGAUAAGUCCUACCAGUGGUUAUUACAAUGGAUAACACAUAAAGGUGCUAGACAAACUCAGCACUUAAGUGUAGAAACAUCAUUCCUACAAAAGGACACUGGCCAAAUAAAAACUAAAUAUGAUUUUAUUCCUAGUGUUGGUCAACAUUUUUUCAGAUAUGGUGGCACAUGGAUAAAAGUGGACCGUACAAGAGAACAACAUACAUUAGACCUUCAUAUGGGCGUACCUUGGGAAACUGUGACACUAACAGCAUUUGGAAGAAAUAAAGAGUUAUAUUAUAAUAUUUUAGAAGAAGCAAGGACAAUGGCCCUGAAACAACAUGAAGGUAUGACAAUAAUGUACACAGCUAUGGGAUCUGAAUGGCGACCAUUUGGACAUCCUAGAAGACGGCGACCUCUGCACAGUGUAGUGCUCCGUGCUGGUUUAUCAGACAAAAUCUUGUCUGAUUGUUGGGAUUUCAUCAAUAAUCCCAACUGGUAUACUGAAAGAGGAAUUCCUUAUAGAAGAGGUUACUUGCUGUAUGGGCCACCUGGAUGUGGAAAGUCUUCAUAUAUCAUGGCACUAGCAGGUGAAUUGGAGUACAACAUUUGUGUAUUAAAUCUAUCUGAACGAGGACUAACUGAUGAUAGACUUAAUCACCUACUUAGUGUUGCACCACAGCAAUCAAUUAUAUUGUUGGAAGAUGUGGAUGCUGCCUUUGUUUCUCGAGAAGAUACACCUGCACAGAAGUCUGCAUAUGAAGGUUUAAAUCGCGUAACUUUCAGUGGACUUCUUAAUUGUCUCGACGGUGUUGCGUCUACUGAAGCCAGAAUAGUUUUUAUGACAACAAAUUAUUUGGAAAGAUUAGAUCCUGCUUUGAUACGACCAGGCAGAGUGGACAUGAAAGAGUAUGUGGGACACUGUGAUCAAGAUCAAAUAGAGCUAAUGUUUUUGAGAUUUUAUAAGGGAGAUAAAGCGCCGGAUCAUGCCAAAACAUUUGCAAAAAGGGUUUUGGACCAGAACAAGGUGGUCAGUCCAGCACAAAUUCAAGGAUAUUUUAUGUUCCACAAACAUUCAGACCCAAAAGAAGUUUUGUUAGAUGUUGAAUCCAUAUGGAAACUUUGA